AUGAAAUGUGUCGGUCGGCGAUGCCUGCUGGCUCGGCUUGGCCCGGUGCUUUCUGUGCGACACAUUGUCCCCAUGGGAACAACGGCCAAGGAGGAGAUGGCCCACUUCUGGGACAAGAACACCAAGUCCAAUCGUCCCUUGUCCCCUCACAUCACCAUUUACAAGUGGUCCCUGCCCAUGGCGAUGUCCAUCACGCACCGGGGCACCGGCGUUGCGCUGAGCUUAGGAGUCUCCCUCUUCAGUUUGGCUGCCCUGCUGCUCCCAGAACAGUUUCCCCACUACCUGGCUGUGGUGAAGUCGCUCAGCCUGGGGCCUGCUCUCAUCUACUCUGCUAAGUUUGCUCUGGCUUUCCCCCUCUCCUACCACACCUGGAAUGGAGUCCGACACCUGGCAUGGGACAUGGGGAAGGGGUUCAAGAUUCCCCAGGUCAACCAGUCCGGGGUACUGGUCCUGGUCUUGACCCUGCUCUCCUCUGCCGGCCUUGCGGCGAUGUGA